AUGGCGAUGCCACCGUUACUGUAUACAUCGGUAGCGGCAAUGGAACAUUCCAAGGUCAAUACACAUAUACCACUGGGAAAGAGUCAAGUACAAUACACCACUGGGAACGCUCCAUGGUCUCUGGCAACAGCUGAUUUCAACGGUGAUCAUAUAAGUGCUUUAGCUGUAAGCAAUUUCGAUGAUAACACCGUCAGUAUAAUACUCGGUAAGGGCAACGGCACAUUUCAAAGUCGAGUACAAUAUACCACUGGGAAAGCACCAUAUUCCGUGAUAGCAGCUGAUUUCAGUCAUGAUAAGAGAACUGAUGUAGCUGUUACAAAUAGCCGGAAGAACAGCGUGACUAUAAUGCUCAGCAAUGGCAAUGGAAUAUUUCAGAGUCAAAUCACAUAUGGCACUGGGAAAACCCCUGUUUAUGUAACAACCGGUGAUUUCAGUGGUGAUAGCAGACCUGAUUUAGCGGUUGCAAAUGUCGAGAGUCACAGCGUUAGUAUAUUGCUCAGUUCCCGCAAUGGCAUAUUCGAAGAAGCAAUUCAACACAGUACUGAGCAGAAUCCACAUAGUGUGGCACCAGGUGAUUUCAAUAGUGAUAACAGAACUGAUUUAGAUGUGGCAAAUUCCUUUGGUAACACCGUCAGUAUACUGCUCGGGAACGGGAACGGAACAUUUGAGACGCAGAUCACAUAUGCAGCUGGGAAAUCUCCAUAUUGUGUGACAACAGGUGAUUUCAAUGGUGAUUAUAGAACUGAUUUAGCUGUUGCAAAUUUCGGUGAUGGCACCGUCGGCAUAUUGCUUUCCAAAGAGAGAAGAUGA